AUGCCUGCCGCUUGUUCAUCAGAUGGCCAUCUGAUGAACGUUUUGGAGCGUCCACAAGCGUGUGGAUGUACUACGAGUGAGUGCGAUGGCCUCACUUGUGGUACGGUAGUUAGUACGACUGCACAAAACCUUAGUGUACCAAACGGUUACACUUCGGAGCAAAGUUCCGGCGGCUGUGAGGAAACACAGGCUGCGCCGAAGGUCCACCACACGAAUAAGUCGGGUGGACUGGGACAAAGAUGUAUCCCUAGCGGGGAACAUCUAGAAGAGAAACAAUCGAUCGCUCAGGUUAAGCGAAACGAUAAUCCUAGAUCGACUGGAGAGUCUUUCGUAGAGGAUCUCGCUGUGGUUGCGCAACCCCAGCUAGAGGAAGCUAAGGGAAUAAGUCCCAAGAUUUCAAAUACGGCGGAAAUAAGUUCCCCGAAACCCGCGGGAAUAAGUCCCCGGGAAGACGAAGGAAUAAGUCCUUCGAAGCCUGAGGGAAUAAGUCCCCAGGAAAUGACAGAGACAUUGAAUGUCAUAGUCAAUAACGGAUCAAGUGUAGGCGCUUAUACACUUGAUCUGAUUGCGCCUCCGGAGUUGACUUCGGAGAUCACUCAGUUGCCAACGCUCGAACAUAAAAGGUUCUUGCGUGAUCUGCGUAGUGGCAAAGUCAAGCAGAUCUGCGUACUCGUCGCUGACGACGAGUGUGUAACCGACAUAAGGUCAGCAACAAUGUUUACUGAGAACGAGAGGGUUCUCAGUAAUUCAUCUAUGGACGAGAGUGUCCUAGAUGAAAAGACACGAGUUGAGCGAUAUGACUCUCAAUCAUGGGAAUCGCUCAAGAAAAAUCCUCUCUAUGAAGAUUUGGUUGAAUUCAAGGAUGUAUUCCCUGAAACUGUUCCGUGCGAAUUACCGAAGGAUAAAGGUAUUCGACAUGAGGUCGAGCUUAAACCAGGCUCGAAGUACUGUGUCAUGAAGCAGUGGCCACUGCCUCGUGAACAAGUGCUUUCGAUCGACAAGUUCUUUGACGAUCGUUUAGCUGCGGGCCAUGUGAGGGAAUCAACUUCCCCACAUAGCUCUCCGACCUUCUGUGUGCGAAAAGCAACAGGAGGGUGGCGGAUAGUGCAUGCAUUUAACAAGUUGAAUGCCGGCUCAGACGCCGAUACCAAGGAAGGACGUAAUCACUGA